AUGGGCUGGAUAGGUGCAGGUGUACUAAUAGCAACAAUAGGCUACUUUCUCUACCGCUACCCUCCUCGCAACUGGGCCGAGUCUCGUUCUUUUGCCCCUCCGGAACCCAAACCCGACGCGCCGGUUGCCGCUGCCACCGCAGACGAGCCUGUGCAGCGGAAGCAUGGCUCAGUGGCCUCAACGCCGUCAAUAGUGACAGAGGAGGAGGAUUCACAGAGCACACCCAAGGCUUCGGCUGCGAGCGUACCACUCCCCGUCCUUGCGGUUCCCACAUUCAGCCUGGACAGCAGCGAGAGAGAGACCUCGCAACCCGGCACAAUGCCGUCCAUUUCACAAAGCAUGAAUGGAAGAGCAGAGCAACUACCCUCGACAAACUGUGAUCAUGGGGUACCAAAGUUCCAACCGCCACCGCAGCCAUCUCUGGCACCCCCUCCUAAACCACAACCAUAUAUACCCCCGAAGGCAACAACCACCGGCGCCUCUUCCCUAAUGCCUCCUCCGCCUGUGCCACGGUCCCGACCAGCAACUCAAGCGAACCGCCUCACCCCCACAAGCACGCUCCAACCCCCACGGCUCAGCGGCAACUCCCUUGGCCCACCACCAUCAGCAGCCGCCUCUCAGCGCGGCCUGGGCGCACCGAGCAGCGGCAGCCGUCUUAGCAACAGUACCCUCGCCCCGAUACAGGUGUCUCUAAAGAAGUCCUCAUCGCGUAAAGUGAUUCUCGAGCCGGGAUUCUCGCCCCUUGACUGGGCAGCGCUAGCAGCGAACCCGAAGAACAAGCUCCGCGGCGAAGGCCUUCCAUCAGGCCUACUGCGUGUCACACCGUCAAUUCUGAAGGAGCAGCACGGACGUAAGGGUCGUGAUGCCUGGACUUCGUACCAGGGAAAGGUGUACAAUAUCUCGCCCUACGCCCCUUACCAUCCAGGUGGGAGGGGUGAGCUCCUUCGAGGCGCGGGGAAGGACUCUGCACAGCUGUUCCAGGAGAUCCACCCGUGGGUCAAUUGGGAGGGGAUCCUUAGCGAGUGUCUCGUCGGAAUUCUGGUGUCGGAGCAUGAUACCCAGACCGAGAAUGCUCUGGAUGCGAUGGACUGA